CGUGCUACUACUAUCUUUCCCUUUACCACUUCUUUUUAUCUUUGCUUCCAUGCAUGGAUUUCUCCUCCAAUUUGCCAAACAUAGUGUUGUUCUAAGAGAGAGAAAAACAUAAGAAAGAGAAAAGUACUAAAACUACUCUGCUCUAUUUUUUUUUUUUUUUGUUUUCUUCUCUCUUUUUUUAGCUUGUUCAUCACCAUCAUAAUUUGCAUAUUUACUGAAAGAGCUACUACCAUAAUUUGGAUUUUUUUCUACAUACAGAGUUGUAGCAUUUUGAGAUAGAAAAGAACAAGACUAGGUAAAAGUUGGACUUUUUUUUCUUGAUCAUCUGAUCUGAUAUUCUUGAUUCUUGAAUUUUGAUAUUUGAUUUGAUUCAAUUCAAUGGGAGAAGAUCAAGAAAUACUGAAACGUGUAUGCAAAUUCUGCAACAAAAGUUUCAAUAGUGGUAGAUCCUUAGGUGGUCAUAUGAGGUCUCAUAUGAUUAAUUCAACUGAUGGAAAUACUACAAGAAAAAUGCUUCCAAAUUUAGAUAUGGGAACUGAAGCUGCUGGUGAUCAAAGUGCUAAUUAUGUGCUGAGGGAAAAUCCCAAGAAAACUUCAAAAUUUGCAGAGUCAAGUGAAGAAGAUACUUUGCUUCAAAAUCAGAAGAACAAAGUAUGCAAAGAAUGUGGCAAAAGUUUCCAAUCUUGGAAAGCUUUAUUUGGCCAUAUGAAAUGUCACUCAGAGAGAAUCUCAUCAAUGAAUAACAGUGUUGAACAAGAUUCUUGGAACAGUGCUAAUGCUAAUAAUCACAAGGAAUUAGUAAUGGAUAGUCAAUCUGAUACAGAAGCAGCAGCACCAAAUAAGAAAAAGAGAUCAACAAGAAGGUUGAAAAGGUACAUGGCUAAUACAGCUUCCUCUUCUUUAACUGUUGCUUAUAAUGCUUCACCUUGUAUCUCUGAGAUUGAACAUGAUCAAUUACAAGAGGAAGUUGCUAUGAGUUUGAUCUUACUUUCAAAAGAUGUUGGAAAUUGGGUUGGUCAAAAUCAUGUCAUUGAGUGUUCUGAUAACAAUUAUCAACCCCAUCAAAAUGAAAAAGAUGGUGAAUUGGUCAAGCUGAAAAUGGUCAAAAAUGGGAAAACAGAACAAGGUGAGAGCUCCAAGUCAAAUGGUCAAAAAAGGGACAAAUCACAAGUUCCAACUGAUGAUGAGAAAAAGAAGAAGAUCAAAGUAGACAAUGAAAACAGAGUUGUUGAAGAGUUAGUCAAAGGGUGUGAUUUAACUGAGGAUUUCAAUUCCAAGAAAAUAAAAUUUGAGUGUUCUACUUGCAAUAAGAGUUUCCAUUCCUAUCAAGCACUAGGAGGUCAUAGGGCAAGCCACAAAAAUAUUAAAGGUGAAAAUAGCAAUAUUGAAAAUAAAGGUGUUGAUCAUAUCAAGAUUAUCAAAAAUGGCAGCAAUGAGAGUGCAAUAAAUGAAAAGAUUGAGACUAAUUCCCGAUCCAAGAAGCUAAAGAAUCAUGAGUGUCCAAUUUGUUUCAAGAUUUUCUCAUCAGGUCAAGCAUUAGGUGGUCACAAGAGAUCCCAUUUGAUUGCUGAGGCCAAAAGAAACAAUAACCAAGCUGUUGAAAUAGUACAGAAACCAAUACCAGAAAUCAGAAAUUUCUUGGAUCUAAAUCUGCCUGCUCCUGUAGAAGAAGAGAAUGUGUUGGAUUCUAGCAGUGAGAAUAUUGGUUUCCAGCAAUGGUGGAUGGAAAACAGUCACAAACAUGAGCAGCUACUUGGCCUUAUUUCUAAUUAAUCAUUGGGAAUUUCAUCAAAGGUUCACGAGUGUACAGAUUCAUUGAUUCUUUACAUGAUUGAAGUGUUUAAAUUCUCAA